UCUUAUCAAUAUAUAAACAAUUUCCAAUAUCCGAUUCAGGGUGGAAAAACAAAUAAAUAAACAUCUUCUGGAGGAAUGUGAGCCAAGGAAAAAAAUAAUAAAUACAGCAACAAAUAUAUCAUCAAUCACAAGCAAGUGAAUUACAGAAUUUGUUUUUUUUUAUUCCAACUCACAAAAGCAAAAAAAAAAUUCUAAUAGAAUUUUACUCGAAACAAAUUCAAUUUUUAUGCGAAUAAAAAGAAAUUUAAUUAUCAGGAAAAAUACAUAUAUAUGUUUGAAUAUUGUUUUUGAGAAAAUUACAAAAUUUCGAAAUUCAAAGGAAAAAGAAAAAAUUAAUUACCAAACAAAAACACACCUUCUUCCACACACACCCUCCGGUUUCUUGGUGCUAGAGAAAUAUGAAAAUAUGGGGAAAAAACUUCAAAGAGAAGUAAAAAACAUUGAUUGAAUUAAAUAAAGUUUUGCCAUUACUUGGCGAGCAAAGGAAAACCUCAAGACGUCAGAAGAAACGUGCAGGCGGCGGAAAUGGGAAUGGCUUAACAAACAACAGUAAUGAGAUGAUGACGAUGGCAACAAGGAUGUCAACGCCAAAGACUAGCAACACAAUGAUGACAAACAUUGGAAAUUCUAUAAUACCUCCCAAUUAUAUGGAUGUUGCCGUUGGUUCCUCCUCUGGUUCUGGUUCUGCUUCACACUUCACCACACGCUCUUGUAAAAUUCAUGUAAAUAAAAAGAAAAGGAAACAAAAUAUUAAAGAAAAUUUUGUAAAUAAUUUAAGCGGCACCGGGGCAGGCAGUGGGGAUAUUCGCAUAUUCAAAAACAACAGCAACAACAACAACAGUACUAGGGCUCCGAAUGGUAACAGCACGACAAAUAUUAAUAACAAAUGUUCUAUAAACAAUCGGGGGGAUUGCCAUGAACGUGGCAUGUAUGCGAUGGCAACAACAUUUUCAUUAUUAUCACCAACACCACUACCACCAACAACAUCCGAACCAGAAGCAACAACUGGUGCACACAGCCGCACAGCAAUGCCAGAGUCUGGUUUACCCACAGGAGCAGAUACAGUACCAACUUAUAUUAGCGGAAAAGGAAACUGCGAAACAGUUCAAUUAAAUUCGAAACAAAGCAAACAAUGCCAACAGUUAGCUGCCGUUGCUGCUACAGCUACUAACUGUAGCAAGGCAACGCCAUGGGAGCGUGAAGAUAUAUUAGCCUCCCAUGAACACGAACUACUACAGCUAGGUGCAGAUGGAGGAAAUGCAACACUCGCUGAGAUGGUUAGCAAAACAAGGAGGAGGAGCACCACCACCGCCACCCUCACCUAUUCGGAAAAUAUACAUUCGACACCAGCUUGUUGUUCACAAACUACGGCCACAUCCCGCACACCGGCCCGGUGGCCCUUUUCAAUAUUACGCCAGAGCCUGCAAUACGCCUCCUCUACAGUAACAGCAGCAACAUCUACAUCAUCAGUGGCAACAUCAGCAUCAGCGCCAGCACCAACUACAUGCAAUGCAGCAGGCCCAACCCUAGGGAAUAAACUAUUUCGUGGAAUACUUAUGACAUUGUUGGUGCUCAGCGUAUGCCACAAUAAUGUACUGCCAACAUCAGCAGCAGCGGUAAUCUCCAGAAAUGAAUCAAUUUCCUUUAUGACCCUGCAAACAAAGGCAAUGUUGCUGGUCUCCUCCUCCCUCUUAUCGACGACGACAACAACAAGCGUGGCAACAAACGCGACGACUAAUACCACUUCAUUUGUUUCAAGUGCAGACCAACAACUCCGCAACCAAACAAAUUUACCACAACUGCCGUUAUCCACAUUACAACAACAGCAGCAGCACCAACAACAAACUUUAGAAAAUCCCUUACAAAUCCUGGAGAACAACAACAUCAACAACCCACCUUCGAACAGCGAAAAAGUGAAUGUCGCAGCACCCAAUACUACCAAGAUUGGCAUCACUGGCACCCAACCAAAGGCCGAAGAUCAAAUACUUCUUAUGGCUCCCAAACAGAAGCGCCAACAACGGGGUCAUCAGUUGCCACAAUAUUUAACAUCGACUCAAGGAACCUCAUUCGUUGUGAAUGCAACAGCCACAUUCGAUGGCGUCCACAAGAACGCCUUCCAAGCCACAUCGAUGGUGGGCGGACGUUUAAUUGUGCCCAUGGACGAUGAUGACACCCAAACACAGCAGACCCACCAUCAGCAUCAGCAACCGCCGCCAUUGCCUUUUAAUCGCUCGCAGGGUGGUACGGGUGGCGGUGCGAGUUUUGGUGGUUCGCUGGGUAUUAACAGCGGCGGCAGUAUAUCGGAGGAUUUCAAUGAGCUGAUGCCAUUUUCUGCGAAGCGUAACACAAUGCCCGUUUUUGACUAUGGCAUGCCACAAAAUAUUACAGCGCGAACGGGUCACAUGGAGGCAGUGCUUAAAUGUCGUGUCGACAGAAUUGGCGAUAAAUCGGUUUCUUGGAUACGAAAACGUGAUUUACACAUACUAACUGUGGGAAAAACUACGUAUACUUCGGAUAACCGGUUUCUGGUGACAGAAUCCAAGGAUUCACGUGAAUGGACGCUCCAUGUAAAAUCCCCCCAAGUACGUGACAGUGGAAUUUACGAAUGCCAAGUGAAUACCGAACCGAAAAUGUCGAUGGCAUUUCAGCUGAAUAUUAUUGAAAUUUCUUCGGACGCCCAAACCAUAAUAACUGGCCCCAGUGAUUUAUAUGUGAAAGUUGGCAGUGUCAUUACGCUCACCUGCCUCGUAAGCCAACCGUCGAUUAAGGAUAUUGGUCCCAUCCAUUGGUAUCGCGGCGAACAUUUACUUAUGCCGUUUGCGGCUACAGAUGAAACGGCACCACAAAGGAAUUACUUUGUCACACCUGCUGCCUUGACAAGUAAAUCCGCAUCAUUCGAUCAUGCCGCUGUCCCUGGCUCCGCCGCCGCUGCCGCUCUCGAUGAUGUUGAUGUAUAUGACAAUAAUGUCGAUGAUGACGAACACAUGUCUACGAAUGGGAACAAUGAAAUAACAUUGGAUUUCCGGCAACGCGUUGCCAUGGAACAGAAGUUGUGCGAUACAAUAAAAUCAAAGUUACGGAUCUCAAAUGCUCAGAUAUCGGAUUCUGGAAAUUAUACAUGCCAGCCAACAACAUCAAGCAGUGCCAGUGUGACGGUUCAUGUUAUUAAUGAUGAAAAUCCUGCUGCCAUGCAAAAGGGCGGAACAGCCAGCGGGAGUAGCUUAUGAGCUGCUGGUGUUGUUGUAUACUUUAUCCUGGCUAGUUGGCACAUCGUAGUGCAACUUGGUAAACAUUAUCGGCAUCAGCUGUAGCAUUGACUCGACUCGGUCUCGGUCGGCAGUGGAUGCUCAGGAUAGUAUACAACAACAUCAGCAGCAGCAAAAACAACAGCAACAACAUCAGCACUUAUAAUAAGUAAAUAUAUAUAGAAAAAAACGUAUAAUAAGAUUUACAAAAAUAGACAAACUGAAAUUCUACAACCAAUUAAAUAUCAGAUUUCAUCGGACAACAAACGAGAGAAGAGCAGCGUAGAGAGGCAUCACAAAGCAUUUUUUGGAAUGCCAAUAAAUUCUGCAUUUUAGAAAAAGAACAACUUAAAUCAGAUUGUAUUGUUCCAGUAUCAUUUGUAAAUAAAUAAUUAUAAAUAUAAAUAAUUAUAAAUAAGUCACCUAAUUUAGA